AGAGGCGGAAGCGGGCCGAGAAAGCUGAGAGCCGUGAGGCUACUGCUCCCGGAUCUAUAAAUAAAGCCACCGCUCUAUCGCUCCUCAGCUGCCCUCUUAUCUCCCCCUGUUUGUUCGGAAGAGGAGUUCAUCCGAAGAAUAGAGAACCGUGCCAUUAAAGUAUCGAAGCCAAUCGGAUCCCAACCGUCUUCUUUGAUCCCAAAUCUGCUAGAGGACGAGUCCUCCGAGCUGCUAAUCCGGCGUCCAUGGGGCUGUCGAGCCUGCCGACCCCAUCCGAGAGCGUGCUCACCCUCGUUCUCGUCAACACCGCUGUCACCGUUGCCAUCCUCAAGGAGCUCCUCCGCUCCGUACUCCACCUCAUCCGCCUCCGCGUGCCGCCGUCUCCUCCUCCGCCGGCCGAGGGGGGGCCCGAGUCCAGCAUCACCGACCGAUUCCGCAGCCGGUCCAGGCCGAUCACGUUCGGCUCGGCCCUGGGGCGGAGGCGUGCACAGGCCGAUCGGCUCGUGGACUGCCGUGUCUGUCUCGCCCGGUUCGAGCCGGAGUCCGUGGUGAACCGGCUCCCCUGCGGACACCUCUUCCACAGAGCCUGCCUGGAGACGUGGCUCGACUACCACCACGCCACGUGUCCUCUAUGUCGCACCCACGUCCUCCAGGGCGAGGACUCCACCGUCUCGCCCUCCUCCGUCAUUGCUUCCUCUUGGACAUGGCUUUAGGCGGGCGGAGACUCGCGUGAAAGAGAGCCAUGGGUGUGGUGGGUGGUGUGUGUUGUUGUUUCCCUCCGUUUGAUGAUGGUGGCGUUUGGUGUGGUGACAUUUCUUUUUUCUCCUUUUUCAUCCUUGUAAAUAUUAAAAUAGUUGUGUGUACAGCCACGAUGUAGUCUAAUUUAUUCUUACCAAUCACUGUCUCUUUA